GUAAGUUGGGUGUAAGUUGAAUAAUAAAAGUUCAGCCGAGAAGCUCUUGUGGAGCUUCUCCGUGGAUGAGUCCCGUUCGCAUAGAACGGGGAUACCACGUAAAUCGUUCGUGUCGUUUUGUUUUCCGCGUUCUACUUAUUUUACAGAUCGUGACCUCAUUAAUGUGUGGAAAUCAAACUACAUCAAAACUCGACUCCACCCUUGCGACUUAGGAUUCCCUCAACUUGCUACAAUUGGUACACAUAAGUACAUAACACACCACCCCUACAUACAUCAUAAUUUACGGGCAAAAUUCACUUCCAUAGCCAUAACUUUGCACUUUGUGACAAAUAUAGCCAGAUUCGGAGAAAUACACAGAAAUAGCCAUUCCAUCCAAUAAUGUAACAGAAAACAUAACGCCUGCUAACUGGACAAACGAACCCAAAUGGCCGCGUUUAAUUUGGUCUACGUGUAUGCCAACGUGGAAAUGAAUUAAUUAUUUAUCAUUAAUUAGUUUUUACCCUACUUUACCAAAUUUUCACCCUUUCGCAGACCCCCCCCCCCCCUUCGUUCUUUCACCCUUCCUCUUCACGAAGACCCAGCAGAAACCCUAAAUCUCCACCCCCACUCACGAUUCUCUUCGGCGGUGACUGUGAAUUGACCAACACAGUCAUCCGGUCAUCUCGCCUUGGUCGACGUGUCCUCUCGCCUCAUUGAUCUGGUCAUCGAACUUCCCUCCAUACCCAUCUCAAUUGACGAACACAGAGGUGGCGACUCGCCAUCAACCAGCUUAUAGCAAGAUCCAGCGUCGCUUCCAGUCGUCGACGGGGAAGAGGAUAAGGGGACGAAGCUCGAACUAUCGAUUCCGGUAAAAAAAACCCAGAGACGAAGCUCGAACCCUAAUCUGUUAUCGGUAAGUAAUCCUCGCCUCUUCCUCUGCCCCACGAUUCUGUUACCCACUCUUGACGCUUGUUGACCCCGAAUCGCCGCCAUUCUUGCGAGCACCCCGACUGCCCCUUUCUGACAUCGUUAGGGAUGGGAGAUGCGGGUUGACACUGUCGAAGGUUGACACUGUCGAGGGAUGUGAGAUGCCGAGGGAUGGGAGAAUCGGAGGGAUGGAUGGGAGAUGCGGGUUCACACUGCGAGUCGAGGAAGAUGGAAGCCGAUUUCGGAAUCACACCCACGGCGUCGAGGGAUGGGAGAAUCGGAAUCACACCCACGGCGUCGAGGGUUUUCGCCGGAUUGACACUGCCGCUGCGAGGAAGAUGGAAGCUGAUUUCGGCUUUUUAUGGGAGGGAAGAUGAAAUCAAAAAUCAGAUGGAGGAGAAGUCGCUGGAAGAUCGGCUAGGUUUAAUUGCCCCAAACGAUUCUCUCUCCUCCGGAUGACGUGGCGCUUUGGUGGCAAAUUCAGUCCUGUUGGCGCCGACGUGGAGGUUGUAGGUUGGCCACGUCAGCUAAGCGAACAUGUAAUUAACGGCGUCCCUGACGUCGUCACAUUUAGUAACGGAAAUGGCUAUUACUGUCAACGCAUUUUCAAAUUUUUGGCUAUUUCUAUGUAUUUCUCCGAAUCUGGCUAUAUUUGUCACAAAGUGCAAAGUUAUGGCUAUGGAAGUGAAUUUGCCUAAUUUACGGGGAAAACAAUUAACCUUUGACUAAUUUUACGAUAAUUUGUCCCGGGAAUGUUAAAAUGACAACUUAUUUUAGUUUGUGUGCUUUUGUGUAAUUUGUAUUGUUACGUAAGGGUUCUUAGAUACAUUAAGGUUUCCUUUGUGAAAUCGGAACCUACAAUAUAUAGCAUGUUGUGCUCUAAAUGUUUGGAGUAGGGAUACAAAUGAGUCGAGUCAAACCGAAUUUUAACUUAAUUUAAGCUCGGUUCUUUAAUAAACAAGUUGAGUGUGAGCUCGACUCGUUUAUUAAAGAGCCAAGUCGAGUCGGGUUCGAGCUAGUUUGGUUAUAAAAAUCUUGACUCGUAUUUGAUAUAUACAUUUUGUAUUUGAUGUAUGAUACAUGUAAUAAAUGUCAAGAUAAUAAUAAUAAUAAUAGUUAAGUGUUCAAUAUUAACUUAUCUCAUGUUAUACUUUGUGGUAUCAUGUUAUUUAGUUAAUAAAUUUUAAUUAGUAAAAAAUUAUGUUAUUUCAUAGUAUCGAAACAAUUUAUGAUUCAUAAUUUAUUUUUGAAAUUAAAUAAGACAUAUUUGCUCAAAUAAUCUACGUGUUAAACUUCUUAUAGAGUGAGAUAUAUAAUUUAGCAAUUCUAUGAAUUAUCAAAAUAAAAUUCAUAUAGAUCGAUUUGUUCAUAAGUGGGUAAUCGAGUAGGCUCUCCAGCCACAAUGUUGAGAGUUGAGACAUCUCAUGAGCUCUAAACGAGCCAGCCCACGAGUUGAGCUCAACAAGCCACCGAGUUGAGCUAGCUCGCGAGCUCCACGAGUUGCAGAAGACUUAGCUCAAGCUCGAUUUGUUAGUAAACGAGUCGAGUUUCGAACGAGUUUUUCACGAAUCGAAUGUCGAACUGCUUUUGAGUAGUCCUAAGGUGCACUUACCAUUGAGGGAUACGAUUAUGAAGUUAUCUUGUAAAAAUUUGUAGGUUUUUAUUUUAUUUUAUUUGUAGUUCACUAAACUGUAAUUUUCAAUUUGUAGGCACUUGGAGGUUAUGCAAUAUUCGACCGAAGGAACGAAAUAGCUCGACCGAUAGGGAGAGAAACGAAGUUGCUCGCAUUUUAAUUAGAACAAGAAGGAGAUGAACGAAUAUAAUCGAACUUUGUGAGAGGAGAGGUUAUCAAUAUGCUCGACUGAAAGGAGAGGGGAGACAAUUUUCCAAUGUACUCACUAUUACUGGUUGGCUUCAUGGAAGUGAAAGGUGGAUUUCAAAGUUUAUUCAGUUUGUGCGUAUAGCAAUAAAAUUGACAAAUCAGU